AUGCCUGAAAUAAACAUCAACCAUCUUGAUAAGCAACCGGUGGAACUCCUGGUGGAGAAGUGCAUCCUUGCUGAUGAAAAUGACAAUAAAAUUGGAGCAGACACUAAGAAGAGUUGUCACCUCAGUGAAAACAUUGAGAAAGGAUUAUUGCAUCAAGCUUUUAGUAUCUUCUUGUUCAACACUGAGAAUAAGCUCCUAGUGGCUCAGAGUUCAGAUGCUCAAGUUACAUUUCCAGAUUGUUUUACCAAUGCUUGUUGUAUUCAUCCCUUAAAUAAUCCAUGUGAGCUUGAAGAAAAUGAGUCCAUUGGUGUGAGACAGUGCGCACAGAGGCAUUUAAAAGCUGAAUUAGGAAUUCCCUUAGAAGAGGUUUCACCAGAGGAAAUUUAUUAUAUAACACGUUUUCACUACAAGGCACAGUCUGACAGUAUCUGGGGUAAAAAUUAAAUUGAGUGUGUUCUAUUUGUGAGGAGGAAUAUAACUUUGGAUCCAGAGCCAAAUGAGCUUAAAAGCUAUUGCUAUGUGUCAAAGGAAGAACUAAAAGAACUUAUGAGAACAGCAGCCAGAGAUGAAGUUAAGGUAACUCCAUCAUUUAAGAUUAUUGUUGAAACUUUUCUCUUUAAGUGGUGGGAUACCUUAAAUCACUGGAGUCACUUAGUGGACCAUGAGAAAGUCUAUAGAAUAUGA